AUGGUUAUUCUAAGGAGUGGCAGUAACACAAAGGGCGCCGCUGUGCCAAGUUACGGCUCCAACAAGCAUACAACGACGCAGAUGGCCAGCGUCAGUGCCCUGGAGGGCAAAAACAAUCACACAGGGGCAACAGGAGAGGCGGACAGACAAGCCGCACGUUGCAACGACAAGGAAAACAGGCGAGCAAUGCCAGCCGCCUGA